AUGACCUGUACCUUCUUGGGCUGCGACCGACCGUCCGUGCCCGGCACCGCACGCUGCGUCUCCCACAAGAACAAGAUCAAGUGUUCGAUUGACGGCUGCAUGAACCAGGUCUACGCGCGGUACCUCUGCGUCCGCCACGGCGGCAAGAAGCAGUGCCAAAUGCUCGAGUGCGAUGCUGCCGUGACGCGCGGCUCGUUCUGCGUCGAACACGGCGGGUCGGCUGCGAAGCGCUACUGCAUCGAACUCGGCUGCGACCGCCAGGCGCACGCUCGGUUUCGCUGUGUCCGCCACGGCGGCGGCCGCCAUUGCAAGGUGGACGGCUGCAACCUCCAUGCGCGGUCGUCUGGUGCGUGCCACCGCCACAUGCCGCCCCGCAGCGGCAGCACCAAGGCGAAGCCGCCUCGCCGGACACGAGCGGCGUUCUGUAGCACCGACCACGGCUUGUCGUAUGAUGACGUCAGCGCGCUCCCGGCGUGGACGACCCCUCUCGACGGCAUCGACUACUCGAUUCUCAACUUGCUCUGUGACGCCCCCAAGCUCUUGGCCGGUCGCGGCAGUAGUCCUCGCACCGCGCACUAUGAGAGCUCGUACUGUCGAUACAGCGGAGAAGACUAA